AUGGAAGGGAUUCUUCAGUCUCGAGUUAUUGAUGAGGCUAUUCACUUGAGGAAGUUUGACGUAGAUGCUAAUCUCACUGUCAAAGGAGAUAAGCUGCCUCACCAGUACAACACUCGUGCUAAUCAAAUGAAAAAGAUAGACCAUCAAGAGAAAGAGAAUCGUGAACUCGGCAAAGAGGUGACUACUUUGAGGGAAAAUUAUGAAAGGCUCUCUCCUAUGAUGGAAACUCUAGUGGCUGCUCAGAAUCAACCUACUCCUACUCCUCAGACUCCGCUUCAGAGGAUUGUGAUUUCUGAAAUUGUCUCUAUGCCUGUUUCUAUGGCUCCAGUCAAUGCUUCGCAUCACCACAUGCCUCUUAGCUUUCCUUGGGGUAUGCCCCAUAACUUUGUGCCUGAAGGGUAUCAACUUGAUGUUGAAGUUCCUAUGGAUCAACCAGUUAUAUUUAUACCACCUCUUGUGGUCCAUGAUACUCCUUAUGUUAAAGAACCUAUUUUCCAUGCUGACCAGAGUGAAACUGUUGGUGUCUAUGAAAGGAUGAAUGAGUUUCAAGAUCGGUUUCAAGCUAUGCAAAAAGAGAUUCAGGCUUUGAGGGGAAAAGAAUUGUUUGGGAAGAAUGCUCAUGAUCUACUCUUAGUCCAUAAUGUGAAGAUUCCGCAUAAGUUCAAAGUUCCAGAUUUCGAGAAGUUUAGACUGCUGAAAGCACGAUGCUUUACUCAAGUCCCUGAACACGAACUAGUCGAGAUGGCAGCUGGAGAUCUAGAUUAUUCUAAAAGGAAAAAGUUGGAUACUCAGUAUCUGAGAGAUAUGGCCCAAUUGGCCGAUAGAUUCGACAUAUCGAACGCCUGA